GCCUACCAUAAGAUAAUAACUAGAGUUUAGGCGCCGCAGUCUUCUGCGCAAACUAUGCGCAUAAAGUCGCUUGUAAUCAACCCUAGAAAAUAAACAGGAAGGUCGAGGUUCACACAGACCGAUCCAGCACAGUCGGUUAUGUAGUAGUGAACUUUCAGAACGCUGAUAAACGUGCUUUGUAUAGGUAGAAUUUCUGACAUGCCUUGACAAAGCCUUAAAGUUAUGAAAAACGAUUUGGCACAGUGAGUCAGCAGUUACGCAGGAGCUUCGUUCUGGCUGUGUUUCAUCAUUGUUACCAUGUUGUGAAGGUAGGAUUCUAUGAAACGACUUAUACUCGCAAGCUUUUCAAGUGGUCAAAAGCUGGAGUAGUGUUACUAAAAAAUCGAAUGGCAACGGAAACCAUGGAGGACUGUGAACCGCCACUGUUUACGUUUGGAAUAAUUGCUGAUAUUCAAUAUGCUGACAUAGAUGACGGGUUUAAUUUUAAACAGACAAGGAAACGGUACUAUAGGAACAGUCUCCGGUUGUUGCAGAAAGCGAACGAGGGCUGGAAUGUGGAACAAGUUAAACCUAGUUUCAUUCUCCAACUUGGGGAUAUAAUCGAUGGAUUUAACAAAAAAUUCGACGCAUCUCAAUGCGCACUGGAUAGAGUUAUGAGAGAAUUUAACCAUAGCCCGGCAGUGCAUCACGUGUGGGGAAAUCACGAAUUUUAUAAUUUCACUAGGGGCGUGCUUUUCUCGUCGGUACUUAACACCAAAUCCAACCAAGAUCGCGUCUCGGAUCCUGACGAGUUUUACGCAUACCACUUUAGCCCCACCCCCAACUUCCGAUUUGUUGUGCUUGAUGCCUACGAUUUGAGCGUCAUAGGCCGCGAGCAGGCAAGUGAAAAGUACAAGCAGUCACUUAAACUACUGAAAGAACAUAACAAUAAGGAGGACCUCAACCACCCCCCAGUUUUCUCAGGGCUGGAGCAGAGAUUUGUCAAGUUCAAUGGAGGAUUCAGUCAAGACCAGCUGGAGUGGCUCGACAAAGUUCUAAGUGAAGCAGAUGAGGCACAGGAGAAAGUCACUGUUGCAAGUCACCUGCCUGUACACCCAGACUCCACUGAUCCCAUCUGCCUGGCCUGGAACUACAGCGAGGUCCUCUCCAUCCUGCAGUCUCACAGGAGUGUGGUGUGCUUCAUGGCUGGGCACGACCACGAUGGUGGCUACCACAGAGAUGCCUCUGGCAUCCACUACCUCACGCUGGAGGGGGUCAUUGAGACCCCCCCGGAGAGCAAUGCUUUCGGCACCAUGCACGUGUACGCGGACCGCAUGGUACUCAAAGGCAACGGGAGGAUCUCGGACCGGGUGCUUGCAUAUCCCGGAAAUCUUUGAGGUUGCUCUAUGUAGCACAUGAUAUAAGGGCUUUCUGACCUCACAUUGCUUCUUUAAGAAGAAAAUGCUGUCCUUAUAUCGAGGGCAUCUGGAAAACCUCAGGCUGUGGGCUCACAUAUUUAUGAAAUAUUUAAGGUUGCUGUAUGUAGCAGGAUAUAAGGAAUUUUAACUCUCUCCGACUCAGGCCUUCUAUUGUUUAUGCACAGUAUAUUUUGGCCUUCUAAACUGAUGGGCAAUGUAAAUGGUGGGGGUUCUGUAUGUAGAAACAGAACCUAUUGAGGUCAUGAAUUGCACUUAAGUACAAAUGUACAAAAACAUUUGUUUUUGAAAGGUGAAGGACAUCUUUACAAAUAUUGUUUACAAAAAAGUAUACAAAGUUUGAAACAUUACCUUUAAGAAGACUGGUCAAAAAGAUUGGAUUAAUAGAUUGCACUGCACCAAGCACUUGAAUGUAAAAGAAGGGGAAUGAUUUUAAGUGAAUUAAUAAAUCGGAAUACAUCUUUUUAAGAGAUA